AUGAGGAUACUGCGUCCUAGAGAGGACGGAAGCACCGAGCAUCGUACUUUACACAAGGCAAAGGAAUUUCGACACUUUCGAGGGGAUGAUGACCACAGAAGCAUUCAUCCCUGGGAAUGGCUUGAAUGCUGGUUCCCUGGCGGAUUCAUGAAGGAGGGUAGGCCACCUCAAGUAUGGAGUAGUCGUAUCGCAGAGAACCCCCCAAAGGUCGACUACCGCCUAGGAGCCGAGCAGAUCAUGGCCGAUUUGACAAGAAAUAUUUGGGUUUAUGGUUUUUGUCUUGUCGAAAACGCUGAGCCGACUCCCGAAGCAACGCAGGCCUUCUUGGAGAAGAUAGGACCAAUCCGCAACACUCAUUAUGGAGGGUUCUAUGACUUUGUCCCUGACCUUGCUCUAGCCGACACUGCGUACACUAACAUUGCCCUCGCACCCCACACCGACACAACCUACUUCAGCGAGCCUGCUGGCCUACAGGCCUUUCACUGUCUUGAACACGAAGCGCCUCCUGGUCACAACCCAGACGAGCCCCUGGGUGGCGAGUCUCUGCUCGUCGAUGGUUUGCAAGCUGCCAGAUUGUUGAAGAGGGAAACUCCGAACUUGUUUGAUACCCUCCGAGAUAUAAGAGUCCCUUGGCAUGCAAGCGGAAACAAAGGAAUAGCUAUUGCGCCCGAUCGUACUUAUCCCGUUAUCGAAGUCGACAACGAAACUAGAAGGAUCAACCGCAUUCGUUGGAACAACGAUGAUCGUGGUGUUGUGCAUCUCUUUGACUCGCCGCCCUGGUAUGUGGCGGCUCGCCAGUGGAAUGAUAUCAUAAACCGAGAAAGAAGUCAAUAUCGGUUCAAGUUGACGCCCGGUACCAUAGUCAUUUUCAACAACUGGCGAGUGAUGCAUGGACGAACCGCCUUCAAGGGUACUCGCCGUAUCUGCGGAGCAUACAUACCCCGCGAUGACUUUGUUUCUCGUUAUCGAGAGACAAACUUUGAGCAUGAUCGAGUUAUUAGGCACAACCUUAACCUGUGCGCAGGUCAUGGGUCAAGUACGAUUCGAAAAGAUUCACCGACGCCAGAUCGCCUCAAAAGGAUAUGGAACUAA